GGGCAGCGGAGCGCCGGUUUUCCAAUAAGCUGGUGAGUAUGGGUCUGGGGGUUCCAGGGGGAGACAUCUUGGUGAUGUCUGCACUGGGUCGGGGAUAGGAAAGGCAGGAAGGCAGGAAGGAUGACCCUGCAGGGAAGAGUAUGUGGUGACCGGGUGGUGGGGGUGGACAGUGAUGGCAACACUCCAGCAUGGUGGGUACGUCUCCUGGUGGGGGAACAGGAGACUUCCUGACUCCCCACACUAUCCCCCUGUUCAUCUCUGUCUCACUAGCACCCAUAAACAUGGCGGCUAGCUUCUCUCCCGGCAAUCACUGGCUUUUCUUUUCCGUGUACCUGUUUGUUUUCCUCGUGGGACUGCCCCUCAACUUGAUGGCCCUGGUGGUUUUCGUGGGCAAGCUGCGCCGCCGCCCGGUGGCCGUGGACUUACUUUUGCUAAACCUGACCCUUUCGGACCUGCUCCUGCUACUGUUCCUGCCGUUUCGCAUGGUGGAGGCAGCCUGUGGCAUGAGAUGGCUCCUGCCCUUCAUCUUCUGCCCCCUUUCCGGGUUCCUUUUCUUCACUACCAUCUACCUCACCUCCCUCUUCCUGACGGCUGUGAGCAUCGAACGUUUUCUGAGUGUGGCCUACCCACUGUGGUACAAGACCCGGCCACGGCUGGCCCAGGCUGGUGUGGUCAGUGGUAUCUGCUGGUUCCUGGCAUCAGCUCAGUGUAGUGUGAUUUAUGUCACUGAAUACUGGGGAAAUGCCACCUACAGCCAGGGGACCAAUGGAACCUGCUACCUGGAAUUCCGGGAGGACCAGCUGGCCGUGCUGCUGCCUGUGCGACUAGAGGCAGCUGUGGUCCUUUUCAUGGUGCCCCUGUGUAUCACAAGUUAUUGCUACAGUCGCAUGAUGUGGAUUCUUAGCCGAGGAGCCAGCCGGCGCAGGCGUAAGAGGGUGAUGGGGCUCCUAGCAGCCACACUGCUCAUCUUCUUCGUCUGCUUUGGCCCCUACAAUAUGUCCCAUGUGGUGGGCUAUGUCCGGGGUGAGAGUCCAUCCUGGCGGAGCUAUGUGAUCCUCCUCAGCACUCUCAACUCUUGCAUAGACCCUCUUGUCUUCUACUUCUCAUCCUCCAAGUUCCAAGCCGAAUUUCAUCAGCUCCUGGGAAGGCUGACCAGAGGUUGUGUGCGUUGGACUCUGGAAGUCAGCUUGGAACUUAUGAUAAAGAAGGAAGAAGAGCCGUCCAAGGAGUGUCCAAGCUAGAGAAAAGGGCAGACUGGAGGAGGGGUGUGGAACCAUUGACCCAUUGGCUUGGUUGGCAGAGAUAUCUCCAGGGAACAGGAAGGAGUAGGCAGGUGUGUCUGCAGGGCAUUCAUUCCCUAACUCAGGACAGCCGUCCUUCUCAUCCCCUUAUAUGCCCUGGAUUCCACUCUGGGACGUUGUAAUGGGACAGACUUCUCUAGAAGAAAGAGCCUACC